AUGUACAUAGUAUCUGAUAGGCAUAACAGCAUAUUAAAAGCUGCUGCACUUGUAUAUCCAAAUGUGGCUCACUGUAUAUGCAUCUACCAUCUGUGGAACAACAUCAAGGGUAGAUUUAAGAAGAAUCAAAAGCAAUUAAAGGGGAUCUUCUUUACAAUGGCCAGAACAUACAUAAAGGCAGACUUUGAUCGGCUUAUGAAAGACAUAAACAAAAUCGAUAAUAGGGUGAAGGAGUAUCUGUUUGAUAUAGGCUAUGAAAAAUGGUCCAUAGCUCAUGCCCAUGUCUACAGGUCGAUGCUCAUGACUUCAAACAUAGCAGAGUCCCUAAAUUCAGCAAAUAGAGAUGCAAGAGACCUGCCAAUUAAAAAAUUCUUAAAAUUUAUGACGGAUCUGGUCAUGAGAUGGAAUAAUGAAGGUAGACAACAUUCAAAAGCAAUAUUUACAGAACUGGAAAACAAAUAUAAUAUAAUAUUGAGAGAAAAUCAUAUUCUGUCAGAUUUACUUCUUAUUUCUACUUUAAAAACACUUGUAUAUUCCAAUGUGCACACUAUUUACAAAUAUAUUUGUACAUUACUGGUGAUGGGUUCUACUCACUAUUCUUAUGUAGUCAUUGAUGAAACUGGAAAACGAAACAUUGUUUGCAUGCGUGAAAAAAAAUGCUCCUGCCUACAAUUUCAAGUAGAUGACAUACCUUGUCCACAUGCUAUGGCGGUCCUAACUUACAUGCAUAUGGACUUACAAAGCUAUUGUGUUUUAUAUUACACAAUAGAAAACUUCUUGAAAGUAUAUGAACUUCCAGUUAUACCAUUUCCUGAUGAAACAGUUUGGUACAUUCCAGCAGAUAUGUCAGCUAAUAUAGUACUGCCACCAAUCUGA